CAGCUGCCUCGGAAAACGCUCGUCAAUGCUUUCAGCUUUCAUAAUCCAAUGACGCCUCCCGAGGACAUGGAUAAGCAAAAGAGAUUCAAGGUCGGGCGGGCAUGCUACACUUGUAGACAAAAGAAGAUCAAGUGCGACGGCCUCCAUCCUUGUAUGCAGUGCAAAGUUCGCCGCCGACCGUGUUCAUUUGCGAAAGAUGGAAAGGCAGAUAUAAAGGAUUGGACCGAGAAUGCGGAAGGCGAUUAUGAUUCAAAAGACGUACCGACACCACUGGACGCCGAUAUAAAACGCAGCAGUAGUCCCAGCAUUGGCGAACAACGACCCUUCAAGCGAACCUAUUCGGAUUUUGAAACAAACCCACCUACGGACACCACGUCGUUGCACAAUGCCAAUGCUUUGGCUUCCUCAGCCAGAAAACAACUUUUUCUUGCAUACUUCAAAUUUCGCCACGAAAUCUUUGCUAUAUUACCCAGAAAGCAGCUAUUACAAGACUCUUCCGAUUCCGACACCUUCAUAUCUCCUUUACUUCAAAACUCCAUAUUUGCUCACGCUGCAGAUCAUGUCGGGAGAGAUUCAAGUAUUUCCGGAGCGCCAACGUCAGGAACGUCCUUUUUUACGAAAGCCAGCUACAUGGUCCCUGGAUACAUGGACCAAAGUCGACUUAGUACAAUUGCUUCCUUUUGCUUGAUGUCAUUGUACCAUGACGAUCACCUAUCCUCCCUUUGUAAAUCUUGGAUGUACAGUGGAAUGGCAUUUCGAAUGGCUAUCGACGUAGGCUUUCAAAACCCAACCAAUGCCGACCAGGAUAUAUAUAGCUUGGAGUUACGGAAACGAAUUCUAUGGGGCUGCUAUGUGCUAGACAAGAUUCAAAGCCUUAUGUCUGGAAAACAUUUGAUGAUAACAGGUCAUAGUGUCGAGCUGGAGUAUCCUAUACCUAUGCCAAACGAAAAUGCCCUAGACCACGCUGUUCUGGACGGAUUCGUCGCCAUGAUCCGACUCAUGCAAAUCUGCGAAAGAGUAUUACAUUUUGAAUUUUUUAUUGCUCCCCAUACUAAAGAGCAUGAGCAGGCCUCACUCGAUUUAAGCAAUGAAUUACUCAAUUGGCUUCGAAUGCUACCAGAGCAUUUGCAGUGGACGCCUCUUCCGCAAGUUAGCUCUGAAGCCGACCUCCAACCUCCCUCUAGCGCCAUGAUUGCCAAUUUACAUCUUUGUUACAACCUUGUCGAAGUGCGCGUUCUCCAACCAUAUGCUCUUGCGCCAGGAAACAAAGCAAUAAGAAGUCGGUGCUGGGCUGUGGUGACCAACAUUUUGCAACUUGUUGAUUUCGUCUACGAAGACCCCAGCAUUGUUUUUACACCUUUCUUAAUCGUCCAUGCUGCUGAAAGGAGUGCUCAAUUAUACAUUCAUGAGCUUAAUAGUCGGGAAGGGAGCAAGGGCGACUUGACGCACCAUCUGUUCAGUAGAGCACUCAUUGCCCUGAAGCAUUUGCACCAAGCAUUCAAUAUACCCGAAGCUGGAGUGGCGGUCACCCGAUUGGAAACAGCAUUAGCACAAGCGUCAUCGUUCAAAUCGAACGCUGUGCCCGUGAAUUCUCGAACGCAUUUAUCCAUCGAUAUGCUACCAAAGAACAUUCCUCAACAAUCGCCCAAUACUGAAAGCCCAUCCAUGGUAAAUAACGCUUCCAUGAACAAAUUCCAAGCACCACAAGGGGUCAGGCAAAAGGAAGUUUUACGGCCAACUCACCAUGAUUCACAAAUGUCUACCAAAUCGCCUGCAUUUCGUUAUCGGAAUGGCGAAAUACUUCAAGACCAAAGAACAGAGUCUAUCAUUCAUGGACUCCGAAAUGGAUCAGACCCUGUGUUUUCUCAAACACCUCAGUUUGAAACCAACAGAGCAGACCCUUUUGCAUUUGAUGCGCUUCAAGUCGAUUCUGCCGGCCAACCUCAAUGGGAUGUACAACAGAUAUCGUCCAACGAUCCCACUGUCAAUGGUCCCGUCAAGCUUCAAAACUAUGACUACUACAUGAAUGCUCAGAAUUUACCUCGACGAAUUCGCCUCUUCACUCCAUAUCCCACUUACAAUAUCCCUCAACCCUCCACCACGCGUGCUUCUGGCUCUGACCCCAUUGUCUCUGAUGCUAUGCAAGUGUCACCGUCAUCUGUACCAUCACACGCAUCUGCACAUUCGCAAAACUUUCCCUUGUCUAUUUCUGCUGACUCCAUCGACCACCACACCGCAGACCAGUUGUUGUCAAUGGAAACCGAUAUGUCGCACCAGAAUAACUGGGAUGCGCAAAGUAAAUGGUAUCAAGAUUUGCAUAUUGAAACUGACACCAAUUCAACCUCGACCUCGAGAGACGAGCUGCAGAGACAAGCAUCUAACAAUGGCUCAACGCAACAGUCCAGCUCGCAAGCACAGUCUUAUCGUGGCAUUGGACUUGGUGUCUAUGCGUCGGCUCAGCGCCAUCAUACCGAUGUUAUUAGCCAACAUACUCCACUCGGACAUGACCAAAGUCAGACAGCAACGUCAAGUCAAAUCUCUCUGACCCCACCGUACCAACCUUCUCCAUCUCAUGAACCAGAGUCUCAUAAACAAGAUGAUCCCCAGCAUGUCAUAGAUCAUCACCACCUUCAGUUCUCGACGCAAGCAACAGCCUGAUCACUCUAUAAGAAUCUCUCUCCAUGUCAUAUAAUCUUGUACUUUAGCAGUUGUAUCGGUAGCAGACCACCAUGCUUUUCAUAUCUAUUUAUUAUUUUGUAUUUCUCUUUCCCUCCUCAUAUAUCUUUUUGAUUUUUCUGUGUACUUUUAUUUUCUCGGGGUU